AUGGGUGUCCAUAUCUUUGGUAAGUCCAUCAAGCACAACGCCCUCGUCAGAAUAGGGUUGGCUAAGCGGAUCUUUGGAGUCGGCUACAAAACCGCCCAGGAAAUCUGCGCCAAAGUGGGCAUCUAUCCAAGAAUGAGAAUGAAUCAGCUCACUGAACCUCAAAUCAUGGCCAUCAACAAGGAGUUAUCGGACUUGACCAUCGAGGGACACUUGAAGCAGAGCAUUUUGGAGAACAUCCAACAGAAGAGAGCUAUUGGUUCGUAUGCUGGUGGAAGACACGCCGCUGGCUUGCCAGUCCGUGGACAGAGAACUAGAAACAACGCUUCAAUUGCAAAGAGAUUGAACAGACUUGAUAGAAAGUUGUAG